UCUCAAGAAAGUAGGCAAUUAUAUUUUAUUGUAAACAAAUAUUAUCGGUACAGAAGAUACUCAAUUCCAAAAGGAUAAACAAUGAAAAAUAAACGUUUGAUGCAUCCACGAAACAUAUUUCGAACGCCACCGGACUACACAGCUUUGGCAAUCAAGUACAAAGAUUUCCGAAAAGUUUGCAAACUUGAGCUCAAUGGAAAAGUAUCCAUCGAUUACCGCAAUGAAUCCACAUUACGGGCACUCACACAAAUGUUGCUGCAAGAAUACUUCCAACUGAAAGUGGAAUUCGCGCCUGGCAGUCUCGUACCCACUUUGCCUCUUCGCUUAAACUACAUUCUUUGGCUGGAAGAUCUGCUCGUACCACUUAAACUUGCAGCAACGGAAGAUGUUCGCGGUAUAGAUAUAGGCUGCGGUUCUUCCUGUAUUUACACGCUGCUGGCGGCGCGAAAAAAUUCCUGGCACAUGUACGCGCUCGAAUCGAAUGAAACCAAUCUUACUUAUGCUCAGAGCAACGUAACAGCUAAUAAAUUGGAGCAUUUAGUGGAAAUUUUCAAACAGACUGAUAAGCAAGUCGUCUUUAGAGACUUUUUCAACUCCAAACCGGAUGUGACAUUUCACUUUUGCCUUUGCAACCCACCAUUCUACGAUUCUACACUGCCCAAUCCUUUUCAUGCCAACACAAGGAAUGAAGACAAGCGUACACCGCCGCAUAACUGUCACACAGGCUACGAUGAAGAAUUGGCUUGCGAAGGUGGAGAGGUGCGUUUUGUGCAGCGGAUAAUUGAAGAGAGCGAAUUGUACCCACAAUGUGUUUGCGUUUAUACGACGAUGUUGGGACAUAAAAGCAGUGUUGGCAGUAUUUUAGGAGUUUUGGAUAAAAAACAAAUUAAAAACUACACUACCACAGAAUUUUGCCAAGGGAAUACAACACGUUGGGGCAUAGCUUGGAGUUUUAGUACUGAUUUCAGCCUGAAUACAAAUAAAACAACUAACGAAUCAGCAUAAAAUUUAAGCCGGCAAAGCUAUUAGAAAAUUCCAAAUAUACUAAGUAAAUAUUUAAUAAACAAGGAGAUACUAAUGAAAAUAAUAUCUUUCCAAAAUCAUACAUAUUUAGUUAGACAGAAUGUGAUGUACAAUUAACUACGUAUUUAAAACAAAACUGUGGCGGUACGCCUCAUAUUAAAAACGAUCUCGGUAUAUAUUUUUCAUGCUAUAUCUUUCCAUUAAUGUUGGUUGUUUUUAAAACGAAAAUUUUGCUUUGUAUUCCGCGAU